AUUUAGAGCUGCAGCCUUUACAGAAAUGACAGUAAAUAAUUACUGUGUAACAUUGGUUGACUAGACGUGAAGUGGAUAUUGUGUUUGCGGCUAUUUUCAAGUGUUUAGUGAUGGGAAAUUAAGAUAUCUAUUUCAUGGGAUUUAAGUGGCUAAGUUCAAGCAUACACUUUCAAAUCGUGUUACAAUUUUGAUUGGAAGGUUCUUUGAAUCUUGAUGUGAAUAUUUGUACUAUUUAUUUAUUUUAAAUUUGUGACAUAUUAAAUAGAAUUGUGCCCUGUUGGAAUGGAAUUUUAAUUCUCAGAAUAAGCGAUGGAAGAAGCGUUAUUUUGUUCUCUCCAAACCUGCCAAGAGUCUUCCAGGGACCUACAUCCUCAAUUACUACAGCGACGAGAAUUGUAAACGUGUUCGUGGAAAAAUUGAUCUUGAACAAUGCGCAGAAAUCAUUGAGCACCUAGACUCGGACCAGUUUCAGUAUUUACUUGCUAUUAAGACCACACACAAGGGGAAGGAGCGCACCUACUUUCUCGCCACCGAAACAGAAGAGCAGAUGUCGACGUGGGUGCGAAACUUGUGCAGCGUCUGUGGCAUGAAGCCGGAUGAAUCUAAGGCAGAUUCUCCCAAGCCCUCACAUCGAGAGACUCCCCCUUCUCGUCAUGCCACCAAGACAAUGCAGCCGCAUGGCGCCCUGCCGGCGUCAGCUGUGGGUGUCAUGACCAAGCCUCCGGCAUCACUCAGUUCCACCACACCAACAGCUAGAAGCCCACCUUCUAGUGCCACUGUAAGAAAUAUGAAGCCGGUGUCGAGUACCGUUAAAGCUGCACCAGCGGCUCCAGUGGCUACUUUACAGGAGGAAUAUAUUCCCCUUGAGACCUGCUCUUCAGGGCCAACUCAACGAAGAACGAAUCGUCAGGAGAGUAUAAGUAGUGUGCCAGAUGAAUUGGCCCCUCCCCCGCCCCCUUUUAAACACGCUGAUGAUGUUUUUGACCAAACUUAUGAUGUUCCGCCACCAUCAUAUAACAGUACUGAAGAGGUCAAUCCUUAUAAUAGAGUGCCGAAACCGAGGCCUUUAAUAAAUAGCCAGGAACCAUAUGAUAUCCCACCGGCCAUUAAAAACUGUCAGAGUACCCCUCGUUCAUCCAGUGACGAAAGUCAAAGGAACGACUCUGCUUAUUCAUCGCAAAGUACAUACGACGUUCCACCACCAGGGCGCAUCAGUGACUCACCAGAUGAGGUGUAUGAUAUCCCACCGAGUCAUAGUCAUCCUGUGGUUUCCAUGGCAGCCCCUCCUCCAAGCCGACCACCAAAACCGGGACAUUUACAAACGGGAUCUAGUUCACAGGAGGCAUAUAUGAAUCUUCCAACCAAUAGCAAAGUGUUUAGUGAUAAAUCAAGUAAGAUGGUGAAUAUUAACUCUGUAGUGGCCCCUCCACCUCAUUUGGGCAUGGUUCUUCCAGCAGCGAUGGCUAGUGUUGAUCUCAAUGAGAUGUAUGACUUCCCAAAACAAUACAAUGGUGACACAAAUGACCAGUUACUGAUGUCAACGCCACCUCCACCAAGUUCCUGCAGUGCAGGGGUGGUGGAGCACAAAUAUUUCAAUGCACAAGGUGGGGUGGUGGACGCUCAUGUGCAGGACAUGUAUUUGCCCAUGGAGACAGUUACCACCCAAAAAGGCUCAUUUCCACGAAAAUCUAGUAGUACAGACAAUGAAGUGGAAUAUACAGAUAUGUCUGGGAAAAGUUCUUUCGAUGAUUCUUUUGAGAGUCGCCAGACCAUAUACGACCACCCCCCGCCCAGUAGACCUGCCGUACCACCCCCUAGGCCUGAAAAACCAUCAGGUAACUUUCCGGAGAAGCAGGACACGUAUUCCAUAUUCAGCACUUCAAGGACCAGAAGUUUCAAGAAAAAGAACGAAGCAUCUCCCAGAGUUGCCAGAAAAACUCCACCUGCCUCCAGUCUAACCAAGCCUGGUAUGGUGGCGCUACCCUCGCGUUCAGACCACCACCACCCUGACUUCUCCACUAGCGAUGAGGAUGACGACGAUAUGGGAACACCGAAGAUUUGGGAGAAUGUUCCACCAGCGCCAGCCAAUAAGGACUCAGAACUCAAGUAUGUGGAUUUGGAUCAUGACGAUACUGUUGAUAAGGAACCCAUGAGAUCUCCACACGCCACUGCUACAGCGAUAGCCCACACGGAAUACCAUGAAAUAGACUUUGUGAAGACGGACGCUUUGCGAAAUGUCAAGGAAACUGUGUGUGAAACAAGGAAUAAAGAAAAAAAUAACACAUAGUUAAGGCUGGAGCUUAGGGAUUUAUGGGUUUUUCUAAUGAUUUUUGGAUGAGAAAGCAGUACACGUAUUUACAUACAUAAAUAGAUAAGGCGAUGUGUAAUAAAAUUUAAUAUCUACUUUUAAAAAUCCACUGGUGAAACCACAGAAAUAUAACCUAUCCAUACAUUUACAAACUUGACAUAAUAUAUAAAACACUGUACAUUUUAUUUCCAGCAUCAAAUCUGAUUAUCAGAACAAAAUAAGGAUGUGGUCAUUUAAAAAAAUAAUAACUUUCAGGGAAUUUGUGAAAGAGUUAACUAGAUGAAUGUGUUGAGUGUCAUCAUAGCGUUGUAUGAUAUGAUUGGUGCAAACUGCCAUUUCCUUGUUUAAGAUCCUAUCUAGUUCUGUUUUUUAGACUUCUGGUGGAGUCACAUGUUGACCAAUAGCUUUUGACUUGUUGAACUGCUUCCUUAUUGUGAAGGAUUGUGUCAUUGUUUUAGAUAAGUGAUAUCUUUUAAUAUAACUUAGAUAACUUAGAUAAUGUAAUUACAGUUUCUGUGAAACAAAUUCUGAUGAAUAAUAAUGAAAAUUGAAUGCAUUGACGAUUGAUCAUUUUGAAAUCAUUAAUUGAAAUACAUUUUCUUUGGUAGACCCUCUAUAGGUCUCAAUAUAUAAGCUUUGUUAUGGUAUAUUGAAACCAACAAGAUCUUUAAAUUUGCUUUGUGCCAAUCAUACCAAAUAAUCUUGCAUUUCGAGUUUUUUGCACCGCAACAGUAAUGAUUCUUGUUGAAAUCUGGUGAACGCCCAAAGGCCACAGUGGUCUCCUUAUUUUAAUUUUUGAAUGAAAAUGGUAAGGAUUUACUGCAAACUAUGCCAAAAGUCUUUCACACAAAAAAUUCAUGCUUAGGGUGAAACAUAAAUUCAUUAAUAUUGAAUGUGGCGAUGUUAGUCUAUAUAUUCGAAGUGGACCAUUAACUCAUAUUAUUAUUAAAAAGAAAUAACACAAGGUGUACCUUUACCGUCCAAUUGUAAAUUGUGAAUAAUUCAAGAUUACGUUAAACCUGUCAGAAAUACCGUACCUAAAAUUAUCUGUGUUUAUCAAACGGUGUAACUCACCCAGCGCUCUCUGUAAUUUGCAGAAUUAUCCAAUGGCUACGAAAUUCUAUAAUUAGAUAAUGAAUUUUUAAUUUUUGUACAAAUUUUCCAUCAUAAAACCCUAUAAGAAAAUAUAAUUUCAAUUUACAUGGUACAUUAUCUUCAGAAAGAAGGCAGCUCUACACAUCACUUUCCUAUUCUGUACUAAUUAGACAUUUUAUAGAGGUUAAGAAAUUAUAAUAGAAACCUAUAUUGGUAAUUGAAAUGUUAACCAGAUUAUUGAAUUCAUAUUAUUAAGUUAAUAAUAUAUAUCAUGUUUAAAUAGUUGGUGCACAUAUGACAGAUAAGCUGUUUUUGAGGCUUAAAUCCCAUUCAGGUAGUCUUUAAUCUAGAAGGUAAGAGGGCAUGGCGCUUAACCUUUAAAGGGGCAUUUCGUGGGCAGAAAGACUUAUAAAAAGGGCAAAUUAGAUUUAAUAUUUUUUAUCUAUAACAAAAUUUCAUGUCAUAUUGUAUAACUGAAUGUAUAAUUUUUCUAGUUGAUAAUACUUGUUUUAUGAUGACAAUUUUGACUGGUGAAUUGGCUACAUUAGAUGUUUGUUUGUUAAUUUUGUUAGAUAAGCAACAACCAAAAAAUCACAUUGUAAUAUUGUAUGCACAAGGCACUAAUUGGCUUUGAAAGGCAUGUUGGCGGACCAAAAUACGGGCGUUGAUCAGCUCUGGAUGAAACACGAACAUAGUCUUAGGAUGUAGAUAGUUCUCAUUGUUGGGUAGUUGUUGUUGUUAUUGCUGAACACUGAGAUUAGGAGUAAGAGCUCCAUCAUGACAAUGUUUUUUCCCUUCUUAUAGAACAUUUGGAUUCAGAUGAGCUGGACCCUGUUUUUCCAUGAUUUGUGCCAGGCUAUGGGAAAAAACGGCUAAUUGCCUGUGCGUAAAAUGUCACAGAUUUGCCUGUUCAGAGAGCACUGGCUGAUCAGAAAUAACAUUUUCUGCUUUUAUGGAAUUUUUCGUGAAAGAAAGUCUCUUUUUAACAAACAUUUGAUUAGGCAGAAUUGUCUUCUGUGAUUAGCCUGUGGGAACUGCACAGGCUAAUCUGGGACGACUCUUUAGGCAUAUCAAUUAAGCCGUUUUUUUCAGAUCGCUUCUGAUUUCUAUUACACUAAGAACUUAAAAAAGGUGUAAAGUCAACUGAUUACUUUUAGACCAUUACUGAAAUAGUGUUUGUUUGUUUGCAAUAUUACAUGUAUUAUGUACUUCAAUAAAUCUCAAUUCUCAAACAUUGGAUCUUAAUCAAAUUCUGGUCUUAAUCAAUGUACAUUUAAAAAAAAAGGAACUAGAAUGUUGAAUGUGGAUAUAUCUGGUACUGCUUUAUUUUAAUGUAUUGAACACAAUAUAUUAACAUGUAUCCGCAUCUUAUCCUGUUUAAUUUUUAUUAAAAUAUUGCUACUCUAUUACAUCAAAAACAUGUUAAUUACUUUAAAAUUAUUUGUUGGUGUAAAAAAUUCAAAUUCAAUUAUGCAUAUUAUGUGAUCACUCAGAAGCAAUAAGUUAACCCUUUGCAUGCUGGGAAAUUUAUCGUCUGCUAAAAUGUUGUCUGCUGAAUUUCUAAAAUUAGCAUUUUCUUCGAUUUUUUUUCAAAGAAUACUAUCAGAAUAGCAAACAGUUUGGAUCCUGAUAAGACGCCAUGUUCUGUGGCGUCUCAUCUGGAUCCAAACUGUUUGCAAAGGCCUUUCAAAUUCGGUUCCAGCACUGAAAAAGUAAAGAUGUAAGCAUAUUAGUUUACUAAUUUUGUUUAAUCAGUUGUAUAAUUUGUUAACAUGAUUAGAUAUUGUUACUUUUGUUUGUUAUAUUGUUUAUCAUUGCUCAAAUUUAUUUGUGGAUAAAGACUUUAGAGUUACUAGUUAAAGUGCAUCAUUCUUGUCUAUUAUGAGUAUUUAUAACUGCACAAUUAAUGUUUACAAAUAGUUAUUUCUAUAUUAGGCGCCUAUUUUACUUUGGUGGGUGGGGAUGGGCCCUGACAUGAUUCGGCAUCAAGCCCAGGCGUGUUUAGUUCGAUAAACAUGGUGUAUUGUUAAUGCACUUGAAUUUUAUUUGAUACUCAUUAAUAUCUACAUGCAUACAUUUGUACAUUUUGUUGUGCCAACAAGAACCAUCUAUGUUUUUUAGAUUUAAUUUUUUAUGCCCCCCUUCGAAGAAGAGGGGGUAUAUUGUUUUGCACAUGUCGGUCCGUCCGUAUGUCCGUCCGUCCACCAGAUGGUCAACUUCAAGGUGACCUGAAAUAGUUAAAUGGUUUCCGGAUGAUAACUCAAGAACGCUUAUGCCUAGGGUCAUGAAACUUCAUAGGUACAUUGAUCAUGACUCGCAGAUGACCCCUAUUGAUUUUCAGGUCACUAGGUCAAAGGUCAAGGUCACGGUGACCUGAAAUUGUAAAAUGGUUUCUGGAUUAUAACUCAAGAACACUUUGCCUAGGAUCAUGAAACUUCAUAGGUACAUUGAUCAUGACUUGCAGAUGACCCCUAUUGAUUUUCAGGUCACAAGGUCAAAGGUCAAGGUCACGGUGACCCGAAAUAGUAAAAUGGUUUCUGGAUGAUAACUCAAGAACGCUUAUGCCUAGGAUCAUAAAACUUCAUAGGUACAUUGAUCAUGACUCGCAGAUGACCCCUAUUGAUUUUCAGGUCAAAGGUCGAGGUCACGGUGACUCAACUUAGAAAAAUUGUUUCCGGAUGAUAACUCAAGAAAGCUUACGCCUAGGAUCAUGAAACUUCAUAGGUACAUUGAUCAUGACUCGCAGAUGACCCCUAUUGAUUUUCAGGUCACUAGGUCAAAGGUCAAGGUCACAGUGCCAAAAAAUGUAUUCACACAAUGGCUGCCACUACAAUUGACAGCCCAUAUGGGGGGCAUGCAUGUUUUACAAACAGCCCUUGUUAUAUAAUUAUUUUUGUUUGCAGAAAUGUGGCAAAUAAUGUAUUGCUACAGUUUUUAUAUCACUUUUUAGCUAGUAUUUAAUACAUUUUAUAGUUUUUAUAGAUUUUUGUUAUAUUCAAGUGAACUAAUUAAGUGUUCAAAACCAAAUAUUUUACAACACUUAAACACAACAGGUGCAUUUUUUUCAUUGGCAUGAUCAUGUUAUAGUUAUAGUCAUGAUCAAUAGCAUCACUGCCAUUAUCAUUUUUAUCAUCAUCAGCUUCACUUUCUUCAAAAUUACCAUCAUCAUUUUCCUAACCGUUAGGAUUCUUAUUAUUGCAUAAUCACACUUGGUUUGAGAGUUUUUAUGUUGAUGUAAAUGAUAUUGCUGCACCAUGUCUGGCUAUUGAACAUCUUUGAUGUUUUACCCACAAUGACAUACACAUAUGACCACAAUAUAAUUAUUUAAAUUUGUGUCAGCUCCUUUAUAUUGAUCAAUAACUAUACAACAACAUUUUAUUUUUCAAUGAUAAUACAGAUAUUUAGUAAAUAUGCAGAAACUUUCUAGAAGCUUUACUUAUACAUGUAAAAGCAAAAAAAACUUAUUAUUACAGUUAUUCAUAUUCAGCAGCCCCUUAUGCUUGUAAUUGAUUUAAUAUAUCCAAAUGAAGAUAAUCAGGUAGUUCAUUUUAUUUGAUUACUCAAUCAAAUGAUUGAGUUGUGAAUGUUUAGCCAAUUAUUUCCAAACAAUGUGUUGAUAUUUAGUUUCUCUGUUGUGUAUAUUGAUGUUACUAUAAACAGAAAACAUUACUAACUUUCAAUAUUUGUAAACCCAAUUUUACUAUAUAUAUAUAAUAUCUUGUAUAAAUAUUGAUUUUUAUAUACAUGUAAAUGUGCAGUGAGAUUUAUGUAUGUUAUAGAAUUUUAAAAAUUAUUUACAUACACAUCAUGAUUGUAUAUAUUAUCUUUACAGCUUUAUUGCCUGUUAUUCAACUGCAAUUGAUUAAAAAAAUGAAUAAAUGUGAAACCUUA